AUGUCUUCCGUUGAAUUUGCUCAAUUAUUGGAAAACACCAUUUUAAAUCCUGAUCAAAAUAUUCGUUUGCAAAGUGAAACACAAUUAAAGAAAUUAUCGAAUGAAAAUUUCUUACAAUUUGCAGGUCUUUCAUCACAAGUUUUAAUUGACGAAAACGCAAAAUUAGAAGCUAGAAUUCUUGCCGCCCUGUCGUUGAAGAAUGAACUUGUAUCGAAAGACUCUAUAAAGAGUCAGCAAUUCGUUCAACGCUGGACUACACAGAUCGAUAUCGAUUCAAGGAAUCAAAUCAAGACAAAUGCGAUCAUGAGUCUAGUAUCUAUCGAACCUCGUGUGGCUAACGCUUCUGCUCAAUUGAUUGCUGCUAUUGCUGAUAUUGAAUUGCCUUUGAAUUCAUGGCCAGAGUUAAUGAACAUUAUGGUGGAUAAUACUAACCCAACACAACCAGAAAAUGUCAAGAGGGCCUCUCUGCUGGCAUUAGGUUAUAUUUGUGAAAGUGCAGACCCUCAGUCACAGGCUUUAAUGUCAUCUUCCAAUAAUAUCCUAAUUGCUAUUGUUCAAGGUGCUCAGUCUUCAGAACCUUCUCGGUCCGUUAGACUAACUGCUCUAAACGCAUUGGCAGACUCAUUAAUCUUUAUCAAAAACAAUAUGGAUCGUGAAGGAGAAAGAAAUUAUUUAAUGCAAGUUGUCUGUGAAGCUACUCAGGCAGACGAUACCGAAAUUCAGGCCGCCGCUUUCGGUUGUCUUUGUAAGAUCAUGUCUUUAUAUUAUUCUUACAUGAAACCAUAUAUGGAACAAGCAUUAUAUGCUUUAACUGUCAGUACUAUGCAAUCUCCUGAUGAUAAGGUCGCUUCAAUGACUGUUGAAUUUUGGUCUACUAUUUGUGAAGAAGAAAUUGAUAUUGCUUAUGAGCUAACACAAUUUCCAGAAUCUGCUUUACAAAGUUAUAACUUCGCGCUCUCUUCAUUAAAAGAUGUGGUUCCAAAUCUUUUAAAAUUGUUAACAAGACAAAAUGAAGAUCCGGAAGAUGACGAUUGGAACGUAUCAAUGUCCGCCGGUGCCUGUCUACAGUUAUUUGCUCAGAAUUGUGGUAAUAAUAUCUUAGAACCAGUACUAGAAUUUGUUGAACAAAAUAUUACUGACGAAAAUUGGAGAAGUCGUGAAGCUGCUGUUAUGGCGUUUGGCUCCAUCAUAGAUGGUCCAAAUAAGGUUCAAACAACAUACUAUGUUCAUCAAGCUUUGCCGUCUAUAUUGAACUUAAUCAAUGAUCAAUCUUUACAGGUUAAGGAAACAGCUGCUUGGUGCGUAGGUAGAAUUGCCGAUCUAGUUGCGGAAUCUAUUGAUCCUCAAGAACACUUACCGGGUGUUGUUCAAGCAUGUCUAACAGGGUUACAAGAUCAUCCUAAGGUUGCUACUAACUGUUCCUGGAUUAUUAUUAAUUUAGUCGAGCAGUUGGCUGAACUGCAACCAUCUCCAAUCUAUAACUAUUACCCAAGCCUGGUUGAUGGAUUGAUAACAUGUGCUAAUAGAGAUAAUAACGAUUUCAAUGUCAGAGCAUCCGCUUUUUCCGCAUUGACGACGCUUGUUGAAUGCGCCAAUGACUCUGUUUCUGAAUCAUCCGCGUCCAUAUCAACUUUCGUCAUGGACAAACUAGGACAAACAAUGACCGUCAAUGAAGCACAAUUGAACAUAGAACAACUUCAGAGUUUACAAGAGUUACAAUCCAAUAUACUAACUAUUUUGGCUGCGGUAAUUAGAAAAAGCCCAACCAGUGUGCAUUCGGUAUCUGAUAUGCUAAUGGAACUAUUCAUCAAACUUUUAGAAAAAAAGGACUCUUCAUUCAUCGAAGAUGAUGUUUUUUAUUCUGUUUCAGCGUUGUCGUUUUCCUUAGGAAAAGAAUUUGAAAAAUAUUUAGAAGCUUUUUCUCCAUAUUUGGUCAAAGCUUUGAAUCAAGUAGAGUCUCCGGUUUCCAUUACCGCAGUUGGUUUCAUUGCCGAUAUUUCUAAUUCAUUAGAGGAAGAUUUCAGAAAGUAUGCGACUGCUUUCAUGAGUGUUCUCGGUCAAAUGAUUUCAAAUCCAAGCGCUAAAAAAGAACUGAAACCUGCUGUAUUGAGUGUAUUUGGUGACAUUGCAUCCAAUAUUGGAUCAGACUUCGUACUAUAUCUACAAGAAGUUAUGGCUCUAUGUGUUGCUGCUCAAAAUACUAAGCCAGAAAAUGGUACUAUUGAAGCUAUAGAUUACAAUAUUCGUAUCAUGGAAGCGGUGCUUGAUGCAUACGUUGGUAUAGUUGGCGGUUUACAUAACAACCCUCAAGCCAUUUAUCCUUACGUCGGUACAAUUUUCCAGUUUAUUGCUCAAAUUGCAGACGAUGCGCAAUUAUACAGUGAAGAUUCUACAGCAAGAUCUGCAGUUGGUCUAAUAGGUGAUAUUGCAGCAAUGAUACCUGAUGGUUCGAUUAAACAAUUUUAUUCACAAAACUCUAUCACUGACUUGAUCAAGAAAACCAGGUCGAAUCCUAUGUUUUCACAAGCUACGAAAGAUACUGCAAGAUGGGCUAGAGAGCAACAAAAGCUGCAACUCUCAUUAUAA